AGAACAUUCAUCACAUAAAAGCUACAGCAUGUACAUGUACAGGGCUUUCAUCAAAGAGAAGUUCAAGAAUAUAUCUUAACACAUCCCUUAACAAAUUAUAAGAUGAAUCUGAAGCAGCAUUUAAAAGAAUUUUCUGGCUAYACUACGUUACAUGGUCUUCACUUUGUCUUUGGAUCUGGCGGUGCAGUUCGUCGGCUUGUCUGGUUUGUCUUAGUCCUCGCUGGUUUUGGGUUUUGCACCAAGCAAUUGAUUGCAAGCUUUCUUAUGCUCCAGGCCCAUGAAGAUGUUAUCAGUAAAACUGUCAUUCCUUCAAGAMAACUCACCUUUCCUGCAGUCACCAUAUGCAAYAUAAACAUGAUGAAGAAGUCCUUAAUUAAGGGCAAAGAUGCACAAGUCUAURUUGACAACCUGGAUGUACUUUUUAAGCGAAAGAAAACAUUGAACAGUACUUUUGACAUUCAAAAGGCUGUGGAGGAAUAUGGUCAUCAAGCACAAGAUAUGGUAAUCGCCUGUGUAUGGAAUGGCAAAAAAUGCAGUCAUCUCAACUUCACGACAAGAUAUUCAUAUCUGUAUGGUCUUUGCCACACGUUCAAUUCAGGACAGCCUGGUCACCCACUUCUUUUAGCAACCUCUUCAAAACGCAAUCGUGGUCUGAGUCUUUUUAUCACGACCCAAAUCGAUGAAUAUCAUGGGAAGACAGGCUACCUCAAUAGUGGUAUACGAGUGAUGAUUCACGRUCAACACGAAGAACCAAUGAUAGAGGAUGAUGGGAUUGAUGUGAYGAACGACUACAAGACAAGUAUUAAAAUCCAAAAAUUAGAAUACAAUAGUCUCAAGUACCCUUACCAAGCAGCMUGUGGCAGCAAAAAACUCAAGACUUCCAAGCUUUACUCACAAAAAACCUGCCUGUUGGAAUGUAAAACCAAUAAAGUAGUUCAGCAAUGUGGCUGCAGACUGCUAGGAAUGCCAAACCUGACAGAAUCAAGAUACUGCAGACCAGAGCAAAUGAUGRAGUGCGGAAUACACGCUGAGAUAAACUACAGCAACGUUGUAGAACCAAACUAUCACGAUGCACUUUUAGAUUUUGGUUAUAAUCUCCCUUCCGUCACUUCUUUGGACUGUGGCUGCCCUAGACCUUGCAAGGAGAUAACAUACUCUAAAAGGGUUGACAUAACCAACUUUUUAUCUGAGCUAUUCAUUAAAAUGAUUUUUGAGUUUCAGCAGAACAGCAACGACACAAAACAACAGAAAUCGAAUUCGAUGGACAAGAAUGUUCAACAAGAACAAUACAGACGCAACAUGAGAGAGAAUUUAUGCCUGAACAUUUACUAUGAGGACUUAAACACUUACGUGACGACAGAAAGACCUUCCUAUGAUAUCAACAUGUUUGGAGCGGAUGUUGGUGGCUACAUUGGGUUGUUCCUGGGCUGCAGUGUGCUGACUGUGUUUGAAUUCAUCGAUUUUGUUAUCGUACACUGCUUUAAGUCUCGUCAAAGCAGUAAGAGGUUCACAAUGAAUAAAACGACAGAUUCAAGAGAAGAUGACAGAUCUUAUGAUGCAGAGAAAGAAAUCGGUCUCUAAAAAAAACUGAUUACAAUAACGAUUCAAACAUUUUCAAGAUUUUAAAAGGUCUUUGUUGGUUCUGGAGAACCAAAGCGAGGCUUUGGCUUGGUCAUAACAUCGAUGUACUGUUCACAAUGGAUCAAGCAAAUUGCUGAGCAAGCAAAAAAUCAAAGGGAAAAGUUGUAUUCUACUUUUUCAUGCCUAUUUAGGAAUUAUCGUCAAAAAAGUCAAAAGAACUUUUCAUAAAAUACCAAAAGAUUUAAAUCAUUAUGAAAACUGUGGAUGCAGUGCCUAAACAGCAUUCGACAGAAAUAGACUCUAACUGAAAACAUGCAUGUUGAGUUUGUAGUAAACACUUUACAGUCAAAAUGUGAUUAACAAAACGUAACUUUAUUGCUUGCACAGCAAGUUUCUAUAUCUAUUGUGAACACGAGAAAAAAAUAUAAAAAAUAUAGCAUACAGAUUUUUAUUUAUGCCAUUUACUCUAUGAAAGUCUCCUUAUAUAUCUAAUAUAUAUUCUUAUUUGAUAUUAGAUAUUAUUAUUAGACAUUAUUACUAUUAUUAUUAUUAUUAUUAUUAUUAGAUAUUUGUUUUACAUAUUUUACAGGCAAGAUCAUACCAGAAUAGUGGCUUUGAACUGACGAUCUCGGGUUCGAUUCACGACACGAGCAGCUUCUAAACAUUUUUUUCUUUCUCUCUUAACUUUAAGAUACACUCGUUCUUUUUUUCUUUCUAAAUUAAAUGCAAAGCAAACUUUCAUCUUAUAAAUUCUCUGAGGAUAAUGAGAAUGCAAUCUG